AUGGCGGCGCUGCGGCGGCUCGUACCGGCGGUCGGGCGGGCGGCGGCCAGAGCGCCGUGCCGGGGUCACCGACUCACUCCGGCGGAUGAUGAGCUAUACCAGCGGACGCGGGUGAUGGUGCUGGAGCCGGAGUCCCCCAACAUCAUGUUCAUCGAGAGCUACAGCACCCGCGGCUUCACCAUCAGCGGAGACUUGGUGGUGGGGCCCUGCGCCGUCCUGCCCCGCAGCAUCCUCCAGUGGAACGUUGGCUCCCACCGGGACAUCUCGCUCGAGAGUCUGUCGCUGUUCCGGCUGCUGGAGCCCCGGAUAGAGAUCCUGGUGCUGGGCACAGGGGACAGGGUGGAGCGGCUCCACCCCGCCACGCUGAAGCAGAUGCGGGAGUGCGGGAUUGCUGUGGAGGUGCAGGACACGGCGAAUGCAUGUGCAACCUUCAACUUCCUAAUGAAUGAAAGGCGUGUGGUGGCUGCUGGGCUCAUCCCCCCGCGGGGCACCUACGGAGUGUAGGCACUGCCGGCCAUGCCCAUGGGCUGAGUGGUUCUUCCCUGCCUGCCUGAAGCCCGCGAGGGUCACUGAGAAACGCUCCGUAGUGAACCAAUGGCUCUGCACACAGGAGGGCUGUGAAAUACACGGGCCUAGCUCUCUCCUGCAGUCCCUGGCUUCUUGGCCUCCCUGCCCGGUCUGGGCUGCAGACGGUGCGGCACAGCACAAGGCUUUGCUGGCAGCACUGGUCCCACAGCCCUGCCAAGGUCAUGCCCCACACCUUGGCAAGAAUCCUCACCUGAGGGAGGGUGAAGGCUGGUGGGGUGAGCUGUACAUCCCCACGCACAUCUGGAGGAAAAUACAUGUAAAUGGGAAGUCCAAGAAA